AUGGCAUUUCAAACAAUAUCUGAGUGUGAAAUACCGGAGAGCAUGCAUAAACUUAGCACAAUCAGUGAGCAGUUAUGGAAUUCAUUCUAUAAUGUAAAAUUCAAUCAGGUGAAAAUCGAACUUCUCGAAAAAUAUCAAUCUGACUAUCUUAUCGCAGAGAACAUAAGAAAUUGUUGCAAUUUAAUAAAAAGUUUGAUUUCUAUUGAAGGAACAUUCAAAGAAAAAAUCGAUUAUUAUUUAUGGCAAUAUAGAUAUGAUAGUAGAUAUCAUGAAUUGAAGAGCUUAUAUUCGGAACUACUUCCAUUGAUUGAUAAUAAUUGUCUCGAAGAGUUCAUCUCCAAAGUUGACGAGAAGUUCAAUUUUGAUGAUCAUAUACUCAUAAAUUACGCAGUUAUUAAAGGAAACGAGAAUAUUUUAAGGUAUCUAAUGAUGAAUGGAGCAAAGGCAAAUGAUGAAACAUACAAAUAUGCAAUAAUGUUAGGAAAUAUUGAAACAAUUAACCUUUUGGCAGAGAGUGGCCAUGAUUUUGGUUUAAACAUAAAUACAGCAAUUCAAUACAAUAAAAAUGAAAUUGCAGAUUGGAUUUUAUUAAACUAUGAUUGCCAUAAUCAGCAUCCAGAAUUAUGUUUAGAUUCAUUAAAUAUCAAGGCAUUUUGCUAUUGUAUUUACAAUAAUAUUGAAUAUCCAUUAAAGAAACUUCUUGAUAUGAAAUUCUUUGAUUUAGCAACAAUUUCAAUAAAUCAUGGAAACAAAUUAACACCUAGCGAGUUAUUAUAUUUCAUUCAAUCCAAAGAGAAUCAUGAAAUAAAUAAGUAUUUGUUUGAAAAAGGAAUCAUCACAAAACAAUCAUUUCCAUCAUGCGAUAUCUAUCAAUAUAUAAUUGAAAAGUCUUAUUCCAAAAUGGCUCUUUUAUGUUUUAAGUAUUUUCCUGAUUUGGAGUUUACAAAUGAUCAUUUCAAAGCAUGUAUCAGAUAUAAUAAGAAUUACUUAUUUUGGAAGAUGUUGGAUAACAUUCCAAAAGAAAAAAUAAACUUACAAUCACUUCUUGAUUCAGCCGUCAACAAUAAUAAGAGUCAGUUUCUUUUAUCACUAAUUAGCAAAGGAUGCCCAGUUAAUUCCUUUAUUACAAUAUUUAAAGAAAACACAACAUAUAAUUUGCUCGAAUAUUCAAUUGCUUAUUAUAAUCCAGAUUUAAUAGGCUUCUUAGUCAGAAAUGGUGCUAAAUUAGACGUUUUCGAUUUGCCAAAAUCAAUUAGAAAAUCUUAUUACUCAGCAAUAUUAAAUUUAUUGAAUUUGAAAGAGCAAACGGAUUCGGCAUUUAUAAUUGAUUAUGAAUUAUUUUUUAUUGCUCUUUUGCAAAAGCCAAAUAAAUUCAUAUUCUCAAUAAUAGGACUUAUGGUUAAAAAUGGAAUUAAUUUAAAUUUCAAAAAUGAGACAGCAUUAUCUCUUGCUAUAGAAUAUCAAAACUACUCAAUUAUAGAAGCACUCAUGAAUAAUUUUAGUUUUGACGAACAAGAUAAGAAGCUUGCAUUUAUAAAAUUUACAAAUCAAGUAAACUUUGGAAAUGUUACGUCCAUAGAUCACAUCAAUUUUCAGGAUUAUUUAGGAAGGAACAUCCUUCACUAUGUGAUUGAAUCUGACUCCUAUACUGGUAUUGCUAAAUUAUUAAUCGAUUUAGGAGUAGAUGUAAAUGCAAAAACAAAUAAAAAUGAAACACCACUUAUCCUUGCAGCUCGCUAUAGUAGAGAUUCCAAUCUAAUUAACUUACUAAUUGAAAAAACAACAGAUAUUAAUGCAAGUGAUAUCAACAACACGAGCUUCAUCGACUAUUUCAUUGAAAACAAUUUGGAUGAGAAAAUUAUAUUAAACAUGAUCAAAAAAGAGAUCAAGUUCGAUUAUACACAUGUUAUGAAUUGGGCAAUUUACAGGAAAAAUAAAAAUGUAAUUUCUGCAUUUCGAAAUAAGAAAAUGGUUUAUCCAACUGAAUUAAUGAUGCAUAAUUCUCAUCAAAUGUAUUAUGCUAUGCAUGAUGUUUAUGAUAUUUAUGAUUUUCUAGAAUUUGAUGAUUAUGAUGAUUCUGACGAUUCUGACGAUUUUUAUUAA